AUUUUGGAAAUAUGUUUAUAAAGUGUUUAGUUUUGUUAACCACAAUGAUGUGGUGUGAUAUUCCUUUCUAAGCAGUUAGAGAAUAUGUCAUUUCAGAGGUUCUCCGUUAUUGGAGACUGGUCUUUGCUUCGAAGCAUUGAGGAAGGGAAUAUGAUCAGAGUGGUAGUGGGAAGUUGUGUGAAAACCUAAUGUGUUCUGUGCCAAUUUAGACUCUGCAGUGGAGCAGAAAUAUAAUUCAAAUACUGACAAAUUUGUCAGAUCUCAAAUCUGUCCUUUCUGUAGCUUUUCAGAUUCUGCCACAGUGGGGUCUAAUAGUGGACAACAGGAGGAAAAAUAGAGAGAGCCAGAGGAUGACUUAGUUGGAUGGUGCAGACUGAACUAUCUCCAGCUAAACACAAAGACAAAGGAGCUGAUUGCAGGGUUAUGCCUCCUCUGACCCCUGUAUCCAUCCACCGGAGGAUGUCAAGGUGGUUUAUUCAUAUAAAUGCCUGUGAGUGACACUGGACAAACAGGCAAGAUUAGGCUUGAAGCACAGGGACAGUCUACCAGAGGGACCAGAGCGGACUUCCUGCGGAGGCUCAGAGACAUGCUGGGCAGGAGUUGUGGUAGAGAAAAGCGAAAAAGCUUAGUUGUGUUUCAGAUGUCCCAAGAACAUGAGGCGCAAGAGAAAGUUAUGCAAGGCUGUUUGUGUUUUUCAGUUGAGGAGUAUGAAAGACCACUUUAAGAUGCUGUAACUGUCAGAGACUGAGCUUGUAACAGCAAUAUGCAGGGGAAAAAUGCUGGACAUAUUAAAUACUGCAACUGAGAGGUAAACCAUACAGUGGCAUUCAAAUUUCUGGGCAUCAAGGAUGUUCCCCCCUUGAAGCACUGCGUGAGUAUAUACAUGCAGGAGUGGCUGUAAGUCAACAGAUACCCACAAGCCAGAGCAAGAACCAAUCAGAUUAGCAAUAUGUGGAGGAGGAUGAAAUGGACUGUUCCAAUUAUGCAUUAUGUCCUGCAGUGGAAUGCUGGGAGUCGGGAAGACAAUGUACAGGAGUUGAAAAGAUUGCAGUAUAUACUCAAAAUAAAGCAUUGCAAAUAUGCAAUGGACUUUAAUGGACUCAUGGCAAAGACCUGUAGAGGGGUUUGGUGCAUCAAAAGGCAGAGAUGUGCAGGAGGUCUACAGUACCAAAGUCAAACUGAGGCACGGCAGUCAGUUGACAACAAAUAUCAGAUGUGCUAGUCAAAACAUUUAAAGCAGUGCAUAGCUCAGAAACUGUAGCUGAGCAAACAACUGAGGAAGGAUUAUUUUUUAAUUUAGAGUAUAACCUUGUACCCAGUCACACAUUCGGCUGUAUCGUGUGAAAUGAUGGAACGUAUGGUUAUAGACACACUAAUAUACUGCAUGCUCAGGCUCAACUGCCGCACAAAUGGCGCUCCAGAGUGGAGAAGCGGGGCCAGGCCAGAAUGCAAUUUUAGAAAUGGCCGGAAGGGGAGCAGUACCUCAUUGUCGCCUCUGCCGCAAAUUCGUUAAAAGAAGAAGACGUAGACUCGUUGCGUGACGUAACACGUAAAUAAGUUGAUCAAGCUUCUGUUGCUUAGUCGAAGGGUUGCUUUCCUUUAGCUAGAAUUCUGUCUCUCUUUUGUAACAUUAAUGACAAUGGUAAUAUUACCACCAGACUCUUUUGAAACAUUAUCCGAAAAAUUAGGAUAUGCCAUCUGACUUUGUAACGUAACUACAAAGUAAGCCUCGUGAGGACAUCAAGCCCUAGUCGUUAGUCGAACAGCUAUCGGGCGUUAGCACCACAAAUCUCCACACCGUGUGCUCUUCCUUCUCACUUUCUCUACCAUUUCGAUUUUGUCUGUAGUCGGCCUUUAGAUUCUGUUCAGUCUAAAGGUUUCGCCAGGAGAGGAUGAACUGGUUUUUCCCCUUGUCCAAAGGCUCUGGACCUCUCCCCCCUCUGAACAGCCUACAGCAACAAAGGCAACGGCAGAUCGAGUCACUCAAAGCCGCUCAUCCAAGCCUUGCAGAGAUCCAGAAGGAUGUUGAGUAUAGAAUACCAUUCACAGUCAACAACUCCACCAUUAGUGUUAACAUUCUGCUGCCUCCUCAGUUCCCUCAGGAGAAGCCAGUGGUUAGUGUCUACCCACCUGUGGGCCAUCAUUUAGUUGAUGGUAAUAAUGGCACCAUGAUUACCAGCCCUCUUGUCACUAAUUUUGGGAUGCACUCAGAUCUGGGUAAGGUCAUUCAGAGCCUGCUGGACGAGUUCUGGAAGAGUCCCCCUGCCUUGAUGUCCAGUGGCCCUGCUGGCUUUCCAUAUAUGUACAAGUCAGGCAUCGCUCCUUACCCCACUCAGGCUUUCCACUAUGGUCCCCGCCAUGUGGGUCCUAGUCACACGCCGCCUCCCGGGCCAGGUCCAGCGCCAUCUCCAACUCCCAUGCGUCACCCAGGAGCUGAUAACACCCAUGGCCCCCCUCGAGCUCCAGCCCCAUAUGGACUGAUUUCUGACCUGCCACUUCCUGUUCCUACUGGAGACUCACAGGCUGGACUGAAUGGACACAUGUAUAAGAUGCCUGAGAUUCCUGAGUCUUUUCCUGAACUCUGUGAUAUGAAUCUGAUUCAGCUGUCAAACCUGUCUGAAAAUGAGGAUUUGUUACUGGAGUUCUUCGUGAGUUUGCCACAACUCAAACAGGUCACCCAAGAUAAAGAAGAGCUGGUCACCAAUAUAGUGGACAUGGCCAAGAAAAACCUUCAGAUGGAGCCACAGCUCGAAGGAAAAAGACAGGAAAUUAUCUAUAAGUGCGAACAGCUUACUCAGAUGAAAUCUGCCUUUGAGAUGAGGAUGCAGAGACAGCAUGAACUCAGUGAGAGUUGCAGUCUUAGUACUCUACAGGCUCGGUUAAAAGUUGCAGCCCACCAGGCUGAGGAGGAGUCAGAGAAGACGGCCGAAAACUUCCUGGAGGGACGCACAGACAUUGACGAAUUCCUAACAAACUUCAUGGAGAAGAGAACGCUUUGUCAUAGCAGAAGGGCCAAAGAGGAGAAGUUGCAGCAGUCCAUCAACAUACAUGGACAGUUUCCUACCAGCCACUAGAACACAAGGUUUGUUGUUUUCUCAGCCAGCUGCUGCCAACUAAAAAGGAUAAAGACAUUUGAGGGGACAUAAAGCACACUGCGUCAACAAUGGGCACUUUGGAGAGAAAUAGGAAGAUUGUGGUGGCAGUGGCCCACUGAUCUCAGAUCUGGGCUCAGAACACAGUUGAUGUUGGAUGGAGAGGCUAUGGAGUCACCACAGGAGGCCAAAACUUGAAUGAGUGACACAUGUCUAGCUUUUCCUGCCACGUUACUAAGGCGUGAUCACACGGUCGAUGAUUUAUAUUGCACAUGCUGUUUGUCCAGUUUUGACAGUGAUGACAAAGAGUUUUGUUUUUUUUCCCGAACAUAUGUCUGUAUGUUCAGAAACAGAAACACUUGUUCAGAGUGGUUGGUGAUGUGAACACAUUUGGAAGAAAGUAAUUGUUUAGGACAGUAUUCCCAAUCUUACACUUUUUCAUGCAGUGAGUAUCACAAUGAAAUAAUUGUUAUAAAGCUAACGUUGGUGUCUAUACUUCCCGUCUCUAAGAUCGUUGUCAAGCCCUUGCUAAAUUAUUGCAGAGAAGUCCCAUUCGUGGUGCACAGACAGAAGAACUACGUUUCCGACGCAUCUCUCCUGUUUACAUUGGAAACGUUAUUUGACACAUUUACAGCAAACUCAGCAUGGACAAUGUCACUGUAACAAUCUGUUUAACAACAAAGCAAGGACGGGGCAAUGGCGUCGAGAGACCUUGAGCUUGGGCUGUUGAAAUUUUAGUCUUUGCAGAUAGUGGUUGGUUCUUUAUCAGGUUGCUGGGUGUCCCCCUUAAGUAAUGAACACAACAUUAAUAUCAGUGUGUUUCCACAAGCAUUAAUAAUUCAGUUAAAAUUGACAAUACUCUGAUUCUUGUAACACUAUUGACAGCAUAACAGAAUUAUCUACCGUAUGACAAAAUCAGAAUCGGCUCAAUCCAAAUAACAAACCAGUUUAUGGCUCAGUUUUUUGGAUUGUUGUGUUAGAUUUGUGGAGGGUUUAUAACAUGUUUCCUGGAAGGUGACCACAUAGUAUUUGACAUUGGCCAAACAAAUGAUAUAAGCAGAAGUUUUUGGGAAAUCAGAGUACUGUAAAACAACAUGAACGGUUUGAUCACGCUAAGGUUUUGGUGUGGGAUUAAGGUUGAUUUAGGGAAUUAGGAAUUGAAUAUUAUAUUCAAAAUCAUGUUUUCAUUAGUGUACAGUCAUCUGAAACUAAGAAUCAGUGUGUUUUCGUCACCUUAAAAUGAGUAUUUUCUAUCUGCAGUGGGAUUGGGUUAUGCUCCUUGGAGUGUGCCAUGUUGUGCUGGCAUGUUUUACAGAAGCCCAGAGCAGCCAGACAAAUCACUGGCUUGAGUCUUGCGUUCUCAGUGGCAUCCAUAGGGGAGCGUGAGAUGAGGGGCGUUCAGUUCAUCUGCAACCACACCGUAAGAUGCCAAUAAAUCCUACAUACUGGAUCUUCAGUGCUUUUGACAUGAAUUGAGUUAUUUGUGUAUCUGUAAACACACUGACCUGGUGAGCGCCAUUAUAAUUGCCCAUGUAUUUUCUGAUACCAUUUGACCUUGAAAAUUUUGAUGAAGAGCCUCAGAAGAUUUGGGAAAAUGUUGGGGAGUGUUAUGUUAAAUGCUGCAGUAAAACCUGAUGACAUUGGAUACUGUAUUUAAAUAAUGUUAAUAAUAGGCUAUAUUGUAAUCAAAGACUCAGACACCUUGUAUUAUAUGUUCUUAUUUAAUUUGUUAGAGUAAUAAAGCAUUUAGAAUAAA